UCAGGGAACUUAUCGGGAAGGCUUCCAUUUAAAUGGUCACAUGAAAAGUUUAUUCCCUGAAGAAAUACUCUUAUGUAGAAACACCUUAUUUCCUGAUGGAGAGCAAAUAAGAUGUGAUUGUAUCAUGGCGCUGGACAAAUGCCUGGAAGCUCUUCCCCAAGAAUCCACUAGAAGCAGGAGUAAAGACAGUGUAUAAAAUAGGCCAUGAGUGUGUGUUCUGUGAACACCUGCAGCGGAGAGAGACACGAUGGGUUUCCCGGAACUUCUCCACGCUGCUGGGGCCAUGGGGAAAUUCCAAGUCGUCCGAACCAUGCUUAUACUCUUCCCUGCCAUCCUGGCCUCCUGUAACAACCUCCCGAAGACCUUCACAGCCAUGACCCCAGAGCAUCACUGCUGGCCAGCCAACUGGACCAAUGGGUCCCCUGUCCCGGAUGGGACAGCUUUGUGUUGACACUGUAGCUUGGAAAAUAACAGCUUUGUUCUGACACUGAAGGUCAGGAGAUAACAGUCUUGCUUUACUCUUGUACAUUACGCUUCCUACUCUUGUAAAUCAGGCUUCACCAACUAAAGAAACAAAAGUUCAAAGGGGAUGGGGACCGGCUGAGAGUCUUCAUCCCGCUGGACAAGGACCAGAAGCCUGAGCGAUGCCUGAGGUCCUCCGAGCCCCCCCUGGCAGAUCGUAAACCUCAGUGACUCCUCCUUCUUGAGUCCGGACACCGAGCCCUGCCUGGAUGGGUGGGUGUACGAGUAGAGUGUUGACUCAUUGAUCAUUUCUGAGGGAAGGCAAAGCCAGAGCCAAGUGCUGAGCCUUCUGGUGAUUUUUUUGGUUGGUUUGUUUUACUUUAAUCAAGAUAUAACUUACCUCCAUUAAAUGCUCAAAAUUUAAGUGCGCAGCUGAGAAAGUUUUACACACGUAAACACCAGAUCCAGAUACAGAUGAUUUCCGGGACCCCAGCAGUCUCCCUCGCAGCCCUCUACGUCAUUACUGGAUCCCCGCUAUAACCGCCAUUCAGACCUCUAUCAUCAUCAGUUGGUUCUGCUUAUGUUUGAAUUUCACGCCAGUGGAAUCGUACGGUAUGCGCUCUUCCGUGUGUUGGGAUUUUUUUGCACUCAUUACAGGUUUUUAGGACUCAUCCAUGGUGAUAUAUGCUUUGGGAGUUGGUUCUUUCUCAGUGCUGCAAAGCAUUCCAUUGUACGAAUGUACCACAGUGUAUAUAUCCAUUCUCUUCCUGAAAUACAUCUGUGCUGUCUCCAGGUUGGGGCUAUUAUGAACAUCAUGGUCAUGAACAUUCUUGUACAAGUAUUUGGGUGGACACAGCCACUCAUUUGUGCUGGGUGUAUGCCCAGGGGUGGGCGUGUAGGAUCACAGAGUGGCCCCAGAUUCUGCCAAACAGUUUUCUAAGUGUGUAAGACGUUCAGACGUGUCUGAUUGCCUCAUCUCCUUUCCCACACCUGGUCCAAUUGUAAGGGUUAAAUUGUAGUGUAGGGCUAAUGUGUAGCUUGAGAGAUAACAGCUUUGUGUUGACACUGUAGCUUGAAAAAUAACAGCUUUGUUCUGACACUGAGGGUCAGGAGAUAACAACAGUCUUGCUUUACUCUUGUACAUUACGCUUCCUACUCUUGUAAAUCAGGCUUCACCAACUAAGGAAACAAAAGUUCAAAGAAAAGAGCAUCAGAGGCAAGGUCAAGGAGAUCCACUGGUUGCAACUUAGCGGCAGAAAGUCUAAAAUCAUCACCUCAUUCAGCAACUGUUUCUAACUCAUCUGGGAACUGUUGCUCUGUUCUGUUCCUGGGUGAUGAUAAAACGAUGUGAUCGGCCAUAAAAACUCUGUACCCCGGCUGUUCGAGGCCACACUCUGAUCAAGAGUGUUGGUCCCGAUCGGUUGGCCUUGCCUCUCAUUGCAAUAAACUUUGUUGUGACUGUCACUGGUGCCCAUAGCAUUCUGUUUCAGGAGUCGUGUGGAUGCAACAUUCGGUGCAUUGGCCGGGAAAGUGAAAGGUCUGAAACAGGGCCCUUUCCUCAGACUGCUCCGCCGACCCCUGGGAGGAGGCUUGGGAUUGGGAGAGGUAAGGAAUUCUUGGAGCGCGCCAUUUGAAUGACUCAGGAGGGUCUGCUGGACGCGGCUAUAGACCCAGAGUCAGGGAUCCUACCGGGACGCCGGUGGACCCCAUUUGGUUUGGUUUUUGUCCAGAAGGAUCCUAUUUUCAGGUGGCUGCCACGGCCUACUGGCCUUGAGAUCUCGAACUUAUGUUUUCUUCGUGUCUUAAUUGUCUUCUUCCUGUUGACUGUCUGUGCGUCCUUGUCAGUUCUGCCUAUCUUUGUCAUGGGUCAAAAUCAGAGCACCCCCACCCUCUGAGUCUCAUACUAACCCAUUUCCAGGACUAUAAAAAAGCUGCCUCAGUGUUUGGCCUCCAUGUUAAGAAGCCAGUCCUUCGAACUCUCUGCGAGGUGGAAUGGACCAGCUUUCAGGUCGAAUGGCCUCCACAGGGGACCUUUGACCUUACUUUGGUAUAUAAGGCUCAUGAUAUUUUGUUUUCUAGGCACGAAGACCAAAUCCCAUACAUUGAAGUGUGGAGAACCCUCAUUGAAAACCCUCCAGAUUGGUUAAAACUUCUCCUUCUCCUUCGCCCUCACCUCCCUAAAGUACAGGCUUUGCUGCUCAAAGGCCGCCCAUUUGGAGCUCAGAAUAAGAAUCUUGAUGGGACUAAGCAGCCACCCCCUCUAUCACCUGCACCGGAGGAAGAAAAAGAAACUUACCACUCGCCGCCCUAUAGUUCUCGCCCAAAGAAUAUGGGUCAAGAUGCUUCAGAUCAGGAGGCAAGCCUGAGUCGGGACACUCCCCUGAGCCCGUCUCACACCUGGUCAGGGACUCCCUUCCAACCCCCUCCCGCUGCCCGACCCCUUCGUCCAAGGCCACCCCUGCAGGGUGAUGUCCGACCCUUUAUGACUUAUGUACCCUUGUCCACUAGCGACCUUUACAAUUGGAAGCUUCGAAACCCCUCGUUCUCAGAGAAACCCCAAGCAUUAAUUUCUCUCCUUGAAACUAUAUUUGUGACCCAUCAGCCAACCUGGGAUGACUGCCAGCAGCUGUUGCAAGUUCUCUUCACCACUGAGGAGCGAGAUAAGAUCCGUCGCGAGGCUCAGAAAUUAGUGAUGGGACCAAACGGGCAACCCACCGAGGAUCCCGCUGUAGUCGAGGAAGUCUUUUCCUGAAAAUUGGGACCCAAACACUCCUCACGGUAGGCGAUCAUUGACCCUAUUUCGCCAGACUCUACUGGGAGGUCUCCGAGCGGCCGCCCGCCGGCCCACAAACAUGUCUAAGGUAACAGAAGUCAUUCAGGGGACCGAGGAAAGCCCCUCGGCCUUCUUAGAAAGGCUCAUGGAGGCUUACCGCGCCAUUACCCCUGUAGGCCCUGAGGCACCUGAAAACAGAAGGGCAUUAAAUCUGGCCUUUGUCUCACAGGCAGCCCCAGACAUUCGGAAAAAGUUACAAAACUUUGAUGGGUUGAAAGGAAAAAAUUUAUCUGAGUUAGUUGAAAUAGCCCAAAACCUUUUUAACAGUAGGGAUUCUCAGGAAGAAAGACAGACACAAUAAUUGACUAGGGUGGUAAUGCCCGUCCUGGAUGCCCGCGAGGGAAGAGGACCCCAAACGCCCAAAGAAUUCUGGUCUGGGCAAAAGAAAAAAGACAGACAAAGGGUUAGAGCGCCACUAGGAAAAAACCAAUGUGCAUAUUGCAAACAAGAGGGACACUGGAAGAAGGAUUGCCCCAACUUAGCCCAACGCAAAACUCGGCCACCCCAGGCGUCGAUAAUGAAAGUUGAUUCCGACUGACGGGACCACGGCUCGGUGGCCCCUUCUGAGCCUUUGGUUACUGUUAAUAUAGGGGGCCAGCCUAAGACUUUCUUGGUGGACAUUGGGGCAGCCUUUUCAGUUCUAAAACAAGAUCCUGGCCCCACCAGGCGAGGAGCAACCCUGGUGCAAGGAGCGACUGGGUCCCAGACUUGUAAAUGGACCACUGAACGACAAGUAGAUUUCGGCCGUAAAACUGUCACACAUUCUUUCCCAAUCAUGCCUGAAUGCCCCUGCCCUGGAUUACUAGGUAGAGACCUACUACAUUAACCAACGGCUUCUUUGAAAUUCACUAAAGGGGGUAUGCAUAUUAAAGUCGGCCAGGAUGGCCCGACAACUGUAAUGGUGACUGUGCCACUUGGGGAAGAGGACCUGCUCGCUCCGGUGCCUAAUGAAAGUGUCCAUGUAGUCGAUCCCCUCCUCAAAAGCCUCCAGGCGGGCUUCCCCCAGGUAUGAGCUGAGACCAAUCCACCCGGGGCUGGCGAUUCAUCAAGCUCCGAUAAUAGUGGAACUUAAGGCAUCCGCACUUGGGGUAAGACUAAUAUCCCACGUCCCGGGAGGCUAGGCGGGGAAUCGCCAUUCACAUCAAGUGUUUGCGCGACUCCGGCAUUUUGAUCCCAUGCAAGUCGCCAUGGAACAUUCCGCUUCUCCCUGUCCGGAAGCCUAACUCAUCCGAUUUCCGGCCAGUUCAGGACCUAAGAGCAGUAAACGCCAGGGUAAUGGACAUUCAUCCCACUGUACCCAACCCUCAUACUCUCCUUAGUUUGCUUCCCCCUUCUCAGGUGUAUUAUAUACAGUUCUGGACUUAAAAGAUGCCUUCUUUGCCAUCCCGCUGGCCCCACAAAGCCAGCCACUAUUUGCAUUUGGAUGGACUGAUCCUGAAGAGGGAAAAGCCGGACAGCUCACCUGGACGCGACUCCCCCAGGGAUUUAAAAAUUCUCCUACUCUUUUUAAUGAGGCCCUGCACCAGGAUUUAGAGCCAGUUCGAAUCUCCAACCCGCAGGUAACUCUAUUGCAGUAUGUUGAUGAGAUCUUGUUGGCGGCCCCCUCUCAUUUAGGAUGCCUGAAGUGCCACCAAAGGACUCUUGAGUCUUCUGCGAAAACUGGGGUACCGAGUGUCACCCAGAAAAGCGCAGAUCUGUCGUGCUGCGGUGACCUAUUUAGGUGACAACCUUAAAUAAGGACCCUGAUAUCAACAGGACCCUGAUAUCAGCAUGUUUUCAGGGGGCAGUGGUUGUGUGUUUCAAGGGCAAAGGCGUGCCCGCGCUGCAGCGAUGACAGACCGCGAGGUUCUAUGGCAACAGACCCUUCCCCCCCCCCCCCCCCCCGGAACUUCAGCCCAGCGCGCAGAGCUCAUCGCGCUAACAAAAGCCCUAAAACUCGAAAGAAACAAGGCAGUUAAUAUUUAUACGGACCGCCGCUAUGCUUUUGCCCCCGUCCAUGUGCACGGAUCCAUCUAUCAAGAGCGCAGCCUCCUCACGACGGAAGGCAAGGCCGUCAAAAACAAAGCUAAAAUUUUAGACCUUCUGGCAACCGUCUGGAAACCUGCAAAACUGGCGAUCAUUCACUGCCGGGGACAUCAAAAAGGCGACUCCCUAGAGGCAGUCGGAAACCGCCUGGCUGAUGCCCUAACUAAAAGUGAAAGUGCCUUGCAGCUAC